GUGGAGUGCAAUGCUUGUCACCUACUCCUUUUUUAGUUCCACUCCUCUCUCUCUCUCUCUCUUUCUCUCUCUAUAGAAACAGUCCUCCAUUACUUCAUCUUGAGCUCACAAGAACCUCUCUGUUCCCUUUGCUCUCUGCUCUGUUUUUCUUUUGUAUCUAUUCCAUUCAUCAGUUGAUUGGUUGAUUGAUCCCAUCUUCACUUAAAACUGCAAUGGAGAAGAGGCACAAGUGCAAGCUCUGCUCCAAGAACUUCUCCAAUGGCAGAGCUCUCAGAGCCCACAUGAAGUCCCACUCCUUGAACCUCCCCAUUUCCGAAGAGAUGCCCCCCGCCAAGGAAUCGGAUCGGAAGCUCGUUUACCCGACUGAAUCAGCUUCAUCAGCCUCUGGCUCCUCGUCCUCCUCAUCUUCAUCCGAAGAAGAAGACGAAGCAGUUAAGGUUGAUCAAGGGUACGGGCUACGGGAGAACCCGAAGAAGAGCUUCCGGUUGGCAGAUCCCGAGUUCUCGUUCGCGGGGUCGGUCGUGCUCCAGGACCGAGAGAGCGAGACUGAGUCCUCCAAGAACCCGACCCGUAGGCGAUCCAAGCGGAUUCGCAACUGUUCUCCAUUUUCUUCUUCUUCUCCUUCUCUUUUGGAUACUAAAACGAAGAUCAAGUUAAGCAGCAACUUCAGUAACCGGGUGGACGAGUCACCGGGUUAUCGCAUUGUCGAGCCCGAGCCGGUGAGUUCUUCGAUCUCCGAUGCCACAACAGAGGAAGACGUGGCCUUCUGCCUCAUGAUGCUGUCCAGGGACAAGUGGAAAGGGCAGAAGCGUACCAAGGACGAACCGAAAUUCCGGCCAGUCGAGGAUUUAGAAGUCGAAGAGGAGGAGGAGGAGGAGGAAGAAGAGGAAGGAGAAGAUGAUGAAGAAGACGAAGAAGAAGAGACAGACGAAUCAGAGGAGCAUCAGCAUUGCAAGGUCAUGACUAACGACAACAACAACAACAAAAGCAGAGGAAAGUACAGAUGCGAAACGUGCAAGAAAACGUUCCGGUCCUAUCAGGCGCUGGGCGGCCACCGGGCGAGCCACAAGAAGGCCCAGCUGCUGCCUCCAUCAGCCAUCCAGUUGGCGGCACAGCGGCCAACGCCUCCCCAUCGCGCAGUCAAGGUGGAGCCCGUCGUUAAGGUUCAUGAAUGUCCAUACUGCUCCCGGGUCUUCUCGUCGGGUCAGGCGCUAGGCGGGCACAAGAGGUCUCACACCACCGAUUAUGGGACCUCAAUCACGGUCCCGAUCCCCAAGAAGAAGUUUGGGGACACACUCAUAGAUCUCAACCUUCCUGCUCCGGUCGAGGAUGAUGAUUUUGUCGAGCUAUCAGCCGUUUCGGAUGCCGAGUUUGUAUACCACCACACGACUCGAUGAGUGAAGCCGAGCAGUUUUCACCUUCUCAUAAGCAGAUGUCGCAAAAGAAGACAUCUGAAGCAAUCGCCGAGAACAGCUCGAAGUCAUGACUUCCGAAUAAUCACCGAAGAAAAGCUCAAAGGUAAUAUUAACCUCGGAUCUAAAGACAAUGCCGAUGAUGCAUAGAUCGAAUUGUCCGCGAGGCUGAUAUAUAUUCUUUACGGUCUCACAUUGGGAUAAUUUUUCCUCUGACUGUAGUUGAUCUUUUUGUCAAGCAAGUUGCAUAAUAAAACAGCAACUUAGUUAAGAACUCACAUUUAGUAGUAAUCGAAAAAGUAUCAUGCAUCAAUUUUGGAUAAUUCGAUUCAACUCUGUUCUUGUAUGCAGAACUCUUUGUUUAGUAUAAAUAACAUAUUUAUACACAUAUAUGUGUGUAUUUAUA